UGGAGUCUGAGUGUCUUGUGUAACAACAGCCCAGUUUCCAGAGGAGGGAGGGCUGAGCGGGAUAUAAGCACACGCUCCUGACUGCCAUCAACACAAAGCACCUGCUGCUGCUACUGCUGACUGCUGCUGCUCAUCCACACCUUUGAACUCCAACAAUGGACAAGAAAUUCCCUUUGUUCAUUAUCUGUGUGCUUCUGCAKGACGGCUGUGGGUUUCCUACAUCAGAGCCCUCAGAGGGACCAGUCCAGGCAGAACAUCUGAGCCACAUCAGGACCAAACGCUGCUCCUGCAACAGCUGGGACGAUAAAGAAUGUAUCUACUUCUGCCAUCUGGAUAUCAUCUGGGUCAACACCCCAAGUAACCUCCUCCCGUAUGGCUUGGGAGGCUCCACGUCUCGCCGCCGCCGCUCAGCCGACCGAUGUAAAUGCUUCAACGGCUCUGAUCAAACCUGCCGCAGCUUCUGCCAUAAAAGCUCAGAGGACAGCAGCACCAAUGACUCAACUCCACCAGUGAAAUCUAUGAGCAGAAACCAUCUCUUGGCGUAUUUAAGAUUUGUUGCUCGGUCCAACACGUUGCUCACAUCAAGAAGCAGUUUUCCUGGGGUUGAAAGGUUGAGGAGCAGAACAUGAAAGUUACAGAACAACUAAAACCUGUUCAUGGAUCACACCUGUGGAUGCUCUGCCCUGUGGGGUUUAAAGGACAGAACCUGAAGAGGCUGAUGUGAGAAGAUGAAAGGAUGAAAGCAGAAAGUUUGUCCUGAUGAGCUCCUGCUGAAGGAACACGGCUGGGCUGAAACAUUUCAACUUCAGCCCACUGCCUGAAAGAAGGACGCAUCUGAAGCAGAAGCUUUAACGACUUCAGGACUCAAACUGGGACUUCAGAUCACUUUGACUUCCAACAGGAUCAAACCAGUGUCAAACAUCCUACAGUCACAUACUUGUAGUUGGGAAUAGUUUGUUUACAUUUACUCACUGUUGACCUGUAGUUUGCUUUAAGUUCCUCUGUAUCAGAGCUGGAAUCUGUUCUUCUGCUUAAUAUUUAAGAGAAAAUUUAGAUUUUUUUCAGACAACACACUUGAAAAUGGCAGCUUGCUCAGUGCAGAUGCUGUCAUGUAGAAAUACACGUCAUUUCUUUGGGAUUCAUGGAAGACAUUAGCUCCACACACACACACCUACUAUGUCUCUCUAUCCUAGUGGGGACUAUCCUUUCACUUCCAUUCAUUUU